UUUCCUCGUUCCAGUCCUAUUACCUGCACGCCAGUCUUAUUUCCUGCACGCCAGCAGGAAAUCCAUAAAGCCACCAUGAUGUUUAGAUGUCUGCACGGGCUAGCUCGAAGAAUGCCUUCCGUGGAUCAGUUCAAGGCUUCGAUGGUCCUAAGUGCUGUAGGGGAUGCACUAGGCUACAAGAAUGGCGAAUGGGAAUUCUGUCAUUGCGGGGAGACUAUUCAUCAGCAGUUGCAAACCCUCGGUGGCCUCAAGAAAAUUGACAUCAAGGGCUGGAUUGUGAGUGACGACACUGUAUUACACUUGGCCACUGCUGAGGCUCUUGUAUCUCCUUGGAAAACACGCGAAGAACUUUUCCUCAAACUCGCUGCAAAUUAUAAAGCUGGCAUGAGAGAUAUGAGGGGCCGAGCGCCUGGAGGCACAACUGCAUCAAGUUGUGCACAACUGAGACCUCUUGUAAGUCAAGGCUAUGUGAUACCAUUUAAUCCUAAUGGGGGAGGAUGUGGUGCAGCCAUGCGUUCAAUGUGUAUUGGUCUGAUCUAUCACUCUCCAGACAAGCUUGAAGAUCUUAUUGCCAUUAGUAUUGAGAGUGGAAGGAUGACGCACAAUAACCCUACAGGUUACCUUGGUUCUCUAGCAUCUUCAUUAUUCACUUCAUUUGCUGUUCAAGGAAAACCUGUUAGGGAGUGGGGUGCCGAAUUGUUGUCUACUCUGCCUAAGGCUAUGAAGUACAUUGAAGAGGUUGGUCGUGACGUAGAAGAGAACAAACAACACUGGUCGUACUUCACUGAGGCCUGGACAAAAUAUCUUUCACUUCGUGGAAUUCUCCAAGGCAAUGGUGACCCUGUGUUUCCAGAGCCGUUUCACAUUAGGGAACGGGAUGCCUUUUACGAAUCAGUAAGUUUUAGUGGGUGGGGCGGAGCCAGCGGCCACGAUGCACCUAUGAUUGCUUACGACGCUCUUCUUGGUGCUGGGGCAUCAUGGGAAGAGCUUUGUAGCCGAGCCAUGUUUCAUAGUGGUGACAGUGACAGCACAGGAGUGAUCGCGGCGGCCUGGUGGGGAGCCUUGUACGGCAUGGAUAGUGUACCCAAGGGAAACUACAAGAAUUUGGAGUACAGAAAGAGAAUUGAAAAGGUAGCUGCUGAUCUGUUUGCAAAAGCUGGAGAUCUUGAAUAGAUUAGUGGCGAAUACUUACAAUAACUACAAGGAGAAUGACAGCGGCGGUGACGAAAAGACGUCGGCGACGAAACGAAGAUUAGAGUGAAGAAGACGACGAUGACGGUGACGACACGACGGUUGUAACGAAGACGACAAGAUAAAAACGAUAAAAAAACUUGACAAUGGCGGCAACAGCGUAGACCAUUAAAUCGUUCUGGCCCACAAUAGAAUUAGGAUUUUAUAAUAUAUCAUCGUAUUACAUUAUUAGGUUAUAAAGUUAUUAGGUUCUAGUAAGUAAGUAAGUAAGGACUUUAUUUAUAGAGGGGGACACGUAACAGCUGAAAAGCUGACAAACCUGUGGCCCUCUAACUAGAUUAUACAGCAUUACAAAAAACUGAUAAAUAAAUAAAUAUAUAAAUAAUUACAAAAUUCUAUGAUAGAAAUAGCAGGAUAUAUUAAAAA